CUCAGUAAAAGGGCGAGGAAUAUACCCUCUACGCCCCAGCCUACUAUGUCAACGCCAUGGGUUGCAUCGAACAACACAGAUUCUGCAACCCGACAGUUACCAAUCUCUGCACGCCCUACACCGCCUAUCUAAAUUUUCGGGACAUCCCUGGGCCCCUCACGACCCUGAAUUACAAUCCUGCCCAACUCGCCACCGCAGAACGCAUAGCCUCAGGCCUGGAAAUGACCUUGACAUUCAACUCGAUCAACAAUCGCCGUGGAGCCGCUCUCCUCGCCUCUCAAACCGUGUCUGAUCUCCUGCAAACCAAAAAUCUCCCCGUCAACCAAUGGCGUGUUGAAGUUGAGAACUGGUUCGCUGUCUCGCUCGCAAAAUUACAACAAGGAAUCCUAGAAUUCGCUGGUGGGCCUUUAGAUCCGGAGAUCGUGCCGUAUGUGCAGUUCCCUGUGGACACGGAUACAGCACGUCUGUGUUAUAAUCAGCUGGUGCAGCUGCCCAGCGGGUAUGUGAAUUUUGAUUUUGGGGCAAUUCUCGUCGCUACUUUUGUUGGGAUUUUCUUCUUUGUCGUGGGGUUGGUGUUUGAGUGGGUUGCGGAGCGGUGUAUUCAGAAGUGGGGACGCGGGAGGGGCUUGAAAGAGUGGGUGGAGGAUGGGCAGUUCCAGUUAUUGAAGAGGAUUUAUGCGGCUCAGAAUAUAUCGGGAUGGGAGAAUGUGGAGGAUGACUUCCCGAUCACGAUGGCAGAUCUUCAACCUGGGGCGCAGGCAGAUGGCGCCGGGAAUCCGAGUGCUGCUGGUAUUGCGGGCCUAACGCAAGGAAGUUCAUAUCCUCUUCUUCCUCCAAAUGCUGGAAGCACAAUCUCAGGAAAUGCAGGCUCGGAUAGUGGUGGUCCUCCGGUUCCAGCAAGUACUGGAAAUGCUAGUGGCCACACACGCCCUUGACUUGCUCGUAAGAUCUUACAUGGUAGAUUUCGUACAGUUGGAUGUAAUGUGAGUGUCUCAUGAAAGCACGGGAGGAAUUAAUGAAGUCUUUACAAACAGCUGCAAUCAUAUGUUCAAUCGCAUGCUAAGAAAUUG